UCCCCUUCCCCGCCGUUUGCGCUGUGUGUCCGGAGGUGGUGGUGGGGUGGCGGCCUCCGUGUGCGGCGCUGAGCGGGAGCGGCGGGCGGCGGAAGAGGAGGCUCCGGGCGCCCCUGUGUCCUGAGGAGAAGGGUGUGGGGGCUGGAGGAGGGCGUCAGCCCCCGGGCGCGCAGAGGCCUGCGAGGCGUGUAGCGAGGCUGCAGGAGGAUGCACAGAGCUUGUCUGAGUAAGACCAGGAUGGAAGAGUCUAAUGGGGACCUUCCUAUCCAGAGGGACACCAUGCUAUCUGAGUUGCACUGUGAUCACAUCACCAUAACAAAGCUGCACUAAACUUGCUGGGCAUUUGGAAAACUGUGUUUGGAGCUGUUCCUGGGCCUACAUCAAAGACCUCAGUGGAGUGACAGUUCGAAGAUGGGAGAUCAGGAUGCAGGUGAACCCUUUCUGGGGACAGUGGCUGGUGGUGCCACAGACUACGAAGGAGCUCUGCCCUCAGACACAGUGUCUCUCAGCGAUUCUGAUUCUGAUGAUUUGGGGUUAGCGGAUGAAGCGGAAGUUGAUACAAUAUCUCCUGAGGAGCCAUCUGUAGAUGAUGGGGAUUACAGAUCAGGGGAGAUCCCCGACUCUUCAAACAGCAGUCACAGAUCUCCUGUCCAGCCGUUCCAUCUGAGGGGCAUGAGUUCUACGUUCUCUCUCCGUAGCCAGAGCAUUUUUGAUUGCCUGGAAGAGGCGGCCAAGUUGUCUGUGCCCUCGAUGCCAGAAGAUAAUGUUGUUGAUGGGAGGUUUAAGCGUCCAUUGCCUCCAACCACAGUUUCAAGUAACAUAGUUCCAGAAGGCCUAGGAAAGCAAACCAAACCAGUGCAGGCUCCCAAAACCUCUCCUGCGGUGCCUGACUAUGUGGCACACCCAGAGCGCUGGACCAAAUACAGCCUAGAUGGAGUUUCAGAGUCUAGCGACAAGACUAACAGGGCAGUGGCCAUGGAAUUUCUAAAGGGUUUGAAGAAAAGAGGGGAGGAACAAAGCUCAGCUACCCAAGAUAGCUACACCCCAUACUUCAACCAGGAUCCUUCCAGCUGUGGAGCUGGGAGGAUUGUCUUCACCAGACCAAUAAAAAGGGGUGUUGAUGGACUGGAAAAGAAAACAGCAUCAGGGGAGGAUGAUAAGAAACACAUGAGAACAGAUCUGAAAGGAAAAUCUCUUAAGAAGACUGAUGACUUGAGGGAGGAGGAUAAGGUGGAGCUGGGGCACUUAGAUAGUGGAAGCGGAAGGGCAACAGAGGAGGAGGAGGAGGAGUACAUGAUGACAGGGGACCUGAGUACGGAAGGUAAGCUUAGUGCAAGGUUUAGUGGCACAAGUGAAGAGCCAUCGGUGGAAACGGUUGGAUUCCAUUGCAGCAAGAAGAAGAAUAGGAAACACUUCCGGCCUAAAGUAGACGACGAAGGGGAGGAGGAAGAGUCCUGAAGGAUGGAGCACAUUGGAGACAUCCAAGGACUUGUAUUGUCUUUGGAUAUGUUUGGCUUUUUCUCUGACCUUUUUUUUUCUUCUUAUCUGGAAACCAUAUGAUAGCUUUUUGUCUAAUGGUUUGCAUUGUAGCCACCAAGAACAUCUUAUAUUGUUAGAAAUUAAGCUACCUAAAAUACACUCCAGACUUCUUGUUUGUGAGAAGUCUGUGGGCACAGGAUAGUUGCACCCUAGUAGGAGAGAAUAAGGGGCACUUUGUUUGCUUGAGCAGCUCCCUGGGGCUUGCUCUGGAGCUGAAGUAGCCAAAGAAAAAGAUGUGUUAGCUAAAAGGCUGCAAGGCUUACUGCUAACCCCCAAAUUUAGAGCUGUUCCCAAGUCAUGUAGAAUCCUGGAACAAAGAUGAUGAGCUCAUUAUGUAGAGAUUUUUAAACAAUGAAAAUAAAACCUGGUCUUCCACUAGAUGUGAUUUAUCCUGGCCCUGUCCCAGGGAGGAAAACAUUAAUUUUUAAAAACUUUUUUUUUAAUACAUCUUUUUCUCAUUGCCAUUGAGACUGAAAGCACAACGGUGCUCGAUGAGUUUGGAGGGUCCAGGUGGGAACUGGCAAAACCAAUUUUUUAUUAAGGUUGGCUUAAUAUUUACCUUAUUUAGUGUUACAUGAUAAAGAUUUUAAAAAACAGUGUUUCCUGUGGAGAGGAACAGCUCUGGAUACAUCGUGGUGAAGACACACUCAGGAUGGCUUCAGCAAAGUCUUACCACAUUGAGUGUAGGUCAGAAUUCACAACAGCUUCAGUUGUUGUUGGGCAGCAGUUUUUCCCCUUACUGGUAUGAUAUGUGAUGAUUCUUGGCCUGCAUCUCUGUAUGUCCUUUCCAAGGUGGCACUGCUUCCACAUUGAUUCUGUGUGGAUUUGGUGGGAAUGAGGUAUUUAUACCAGAACUGGAUACUUUUUUGUUCUUCGGGAUUCAAUAAACUAUCAGUUGUAGCUUGAUUUCUUCAUCUCUUGGAACCAUGCUGAUUAAUGCAGCUAUAGGAGUUUUAAGAAAUACUCAGCUUAUUUGAUUUGAGAAUUGUCUUGAAAAUCUUCUGGAAUGUUACUUUAAGCUUACUGGCUUGUAACUUCUCCUUCAAGUCUUAGAUUCUAAAAUUCACAUGUUUAACAUUUUCAAUCAUUUUACAGUAUAUAGAGAAUCACCUCAUAGGAUGAGUCACCUCAUACAAUGAAUCACACUGUAAUGAAUGUCAAAUAUAGUCGUUUUUCACACAGGGUGUUAUUAAAUUUUAUAAAUAAGGUUGAAAGAUUAAAUUCUUUGAAAGGUUAUACUGACAUUUUUUUUCCAGUAUUCUAAAUUAACUAACCCAAACGUUAGUAUUUAUAACCAUGUAGUGAAAGAUUACUUCUUCAGAAUUUGUGAUCUUUCUUGCUAGGCUGUGCUUGCUCAAACUGAAGGAUAUUUGAGGAGGUUACUUCCUCUGUGGGGGUGUCAGCGUCUUAUCAAUAAUUGACUGGUAGGCCCAAAUAAUUUGGGUCUUUGUGUUUGAACAGAUGCAUCAUGAAGCAGAAAGCAAUGUAAAAUGAAUAAUAUUGUUCCAUCUUUUGAAAUUCACCUUUUAAUUUUAAAAGCAGAAUGUAUUUUCUCAUCAGUAUACAGUUUGAUGCACAUUAAUUAAUGGGUCAUUGCUAAAUACAUCGGUUGUUCCAGUAUAUGUGAGUCGGACAUAACCAAAAUCUAUCCAUUUGAAAUUGUUGUUUCCAGUGGAUAAUUAAUGUGCCAAUCACAAUUAAAAUAAUAGCCAUUUCAGAGUGGAAGCUCCUGCCAAGAGCGGGGCAUGCUGGUUUUAAGAUUUACAUUAUUUACCUCAAAAAAAUGUAGCUCAGUACAAACUUACUGGUGUUAGAACUUCUGCUUGCCUAGGGUAAAGAACAGGUAGGACAGUACCAAAAUUUCAUCGCUGUUAAUGGGGUCACAGGUCUGGGGCACAGCUGCAUAAACUGGACAAAUGCCUAUUUUAUGAAGACAUCAUAACAAGAUUAAUAUCUAUUAAUAAAAGGAUUAUGUUGAAAAGGUAUUUUUAUCAGAUCUGAGAUACAUUUAUUAUUUUUUCCCCACCUCUGGUAACAGAGAAAGCUUUUCCACAUCCUAUAUUUUGUUGCACAGAAGCAGUGUUAUAUGCAUAGACUAAAUUAAGUUCAGCUGAAGCUUCUCAGAGUAAGAAAGACCACAUCCCCAUACUUCUCCCCUUCUGAUGCUGUUUAUAUUAUUCCAGAGAAAUUUCCUUUUAAAGUCAGUAGUAAUAUUCAUUUUAUUGGUGUAUCUUUUCAUACAGAAUUCUAAUAAAGCCAGCUAGCUUUUGUAUGCCAAUGUACAUGCAACUUUAAUGAAAAAAAAGUCAAACAGUGCAAAUCCCUGGUUUGUAGGAAAAUUCUUUCUACACAUUCUUACUUUAAAGUCUAAGUGAUUUUAUUUUUUUUUUUUCCUGACCUUUGAGAGAGAAAAGUAAAAUGAAAUCAGAAAACCGCUUAGGUGUAGAUGCAGUGUUCCACGUGGUGUGAUACAUAAAGGCAAAGUCUGCUGUAACAGCAGCUAUGAUCUGACAUUGAAACAAAAAAGCAAGCAGCGGAGGCUGGGGGUCUGGCUGUGGGAGGGUCACCUGCUUUCUGUUUGGGAAGUGACUGCAAGCCACCGUGUGAUGCAAUUCCAGUUUCUGGGGAUGAGCGAGGAGCUCUCAAUAAGGAAUACCAGCAAAGAAAACCUCACAGAAGCCAGUGUGAGAAGAGAAGACUAAGUGCAAUUGUUUGAGGGUUGCAAGAACUCCAGGAACUGUAUGGAUUGAAUAGUUCAGUAUCCCAGGCCCUUUCCUGUGGAAACUAUUUCUUGAUUUCCUUUCUAAGCAACACAGAAAUGUGAGUUUGCUUUCUUGGCCAAGGAAGUGGCUUGGGUUUUAGUGCGUAAAUGAUCACUCUUCUAAAGGGAGACUCCCUUGAACAGAGAAAUGUGGAAAUUAGCAAUGAUGACAAUGGAUUGAGGGUGUGGUAUUUGGAGAAUAGAAGGCAGAUUGUAUUUAGAAAAUACGGUGGUAGAGUUGUCUUGCAGGAGAAAGUUUUUAGUGUGAUUUGUGAAACGGAGGUUUGGAGAACAGGCCAAGAUACAGGAGCAGGAGGGAAGAAAGCCCAAGAAAUUGGAGGAGGAGGACCAGGAAAUCCUCAGUUGUGUUAAACAUUGACAGCGCUUGGCAUAAAAGCUUUGAGAGCUGGGCCUUAGGCCUUCAUGAGAUUGGGAUUUUACUUCUACAGUAGUUCAGUAGGACAGAAGGUUUAAUCUGAAGAAAUGGGGAAAAAAAUUAAUUAUCAAUGUAUAUGAUGUCAGACUGAUCUGCACGCUCUUCUCUCUCACUUCUUUCUGGCAAAGGCACUUCUGUGUUGGCAUUCAUCACACCUAAUAGGAUUGUAAAAGCCGUGUGCUUGUUUAAAAGCCUUAGGACAAGGGGCACAUAAUAGUAAUUGCCUAAGAAACUUUAAAAUGUUUAAAAUAAUCCACAAUAAAAAGAUACCGUAGAUUCUA